AUGUCGGACGACUUGAUACUAGUCCACGACACGGAGUGCCUGGAGUCUGCUCACAAUGUUAUGACCAUUUACAGGAGCAUGCUCACCAUCUUGGGACUCACAGUCCAGGAGCCCAAGGCAGACAAAAACGACUACGCCAUAAAGUCUCAGAAUGUUGCCUUUCUCAUCUGUGGUCCUGAGACUUUCAAGAACGAACUCGUGGCUGAUGCACUGAAACAAGCCAUAGAGGGCAAGAAGAACAUAAUACUAUUGCACUGGAUCGCCACGUGCCCUGCGCUGACGGAAGCUCUCGAGGCUGCUCCAGAAUCGUAUAGGGAAACUCUGGCGGGAAAGAAGAACGUUGUUUAUGUACCGGAUCUAGUUGACCAAUGCAAUGAUCUUCUGCUAACCUUGCUGAAAUUAAGCGAUCAAGAGAAGAUAGACCACGUGCGCGCUGAGAGAUCUCGGCAGGUUAUGGAGGACAUUCUACGGUUUGGCGCUAAGGUCUCGAAGGCAAGGAUGCGGUCGUCAGUGCGGAAACGAUAUGAUUUCUGCAUAACCUGUGCUGAGCACUGUGUGUCGGAGAAAGCUCCUGCGACUGCUGAACAUCUGCAUAAGCAACUCAGUGUGCUUGCACCGGCACUGUCCGUGGCGCUGAAUAAUGGUAGUGCUUCUGGACUGAACAGUAUGUCGGGGAGUAGUAAGAUAUCUAAUGUGAGAGAGUCGUUCAACUUGAUCAUAUUGGUGACGUCCAAUUGCUUCACUGAUGAGCAACUGUGCGAAGAAGUUAGAGUGGCGCUGGAGCAGGAGGUUCACAUCACUCUGUUGCACAUCGUGACGGACGCUAUAGAUGGAGUAGAAGCUGAGCUGUUACGUUGUGAAGACCUUGUCCAUAGAGACUGCCUUCAUAGAUCCCCGGUAUACUCGUAUAUCCAAGAGCACGCCGCAGCGUGUGUGAGGAAGCUGUUGCUGCCGGGUAUUGUGAAAAUGGAUGAUAUCAAGUCACCGAGGUCUCGGGCGGCUGGGGUACCGUCAUUCCGGCUGCAGUAUAAGAAUAGUAAAGCAAUGGAGCUCCCGAGUGAUGGGCGCAUGGAGAUUUACAAGGUGGCUAAGCAAGACUCUAUAAAGAACGUGAAAGUGCCCUCUGAUAUUGACACCAAUAUCAAAAGCUUAUUCGAGCUGUAUGAUACCGAAAAGAAGGGCGUGAUCGACUGGAACCAGUUUGUCAAGGUUGACAGGGUCGUCACUGAGACGCUCGGUGGUCAAUACAGCGAGAUGAUCAGCAGAAGGAUCUACUCGCUCAUGCUUUACCCGGGACUACCCUUGGACAGCGAGAUAUCAUUCACCACUUUCUACAACUACCAUGCCUAUGUGUCCAAGAAAAUGGGUAUAUUAGAGGGCGACAGGGAUGUGGGUGUCCAUUACAAGUAUUUGGUGGACAAGGCUAAGCAUAUGGGCAAAGGGAAGCGGUUCCAGAAAACGUACGACUUGUUCAUUUGCCAUGAUCGGUCCAAGGAGGGCACUUGCAUGGCUCUAGACUUGAUCAAGAGUAUCAGGGACCAUACUCCCAAUGUUCGUGCGAUGCUGUGUAUCGACUAUUUGGCUGAGAAGGAAAAAGAGAAAGAUAGCAAGAAGAAGGAUAAUAAAAAAGAGGCAGCACCCAAAGCGGACCCGAUGGCAGGGCCGUCUAUUCGAACUGAGUUUGUCUUGGUGAGGAUUGAGAAUGAUCCCUCAGUUCCCAGCAAGAGCGCCGAAAGCCUGAACGUCGUUGUCAUUCUACGACCGGGGGUUUUCGAGAAUAUACAAGUCCAGAAAGAUGUGCAGGAGGCCAAAGAAGCAGGCGGCAAUAUAGUGAUACUCAGUGAUGUGGGUAACACAGCGAGCAUGUUGACGGAGAUCUUGAAGGCACCAGAGAGCAUCCGCCCGGCUCUCUCGAGGCCGAAUUGUGUGGGGUACUGGAAGAAUUGCGACGCUGCGUGCGCUGUGGACCUACUGAGUGUCAUGAGCUUCCCGGAUUGGCGACCGCAGGCGGCCCGUACGACCAUCCUGGCUGUGCAAAACGUGGACCCUGUGGUGCGGUAUCUCUUCCAUCACUGUGAGGAGGACGAGGAGGCUGCCGCGGCUUUGCAGUGUUUGGCGAACUGUACAAGUCCGUCAACACUCAAUGGUGGCCGAGUCCGGUCCUCCUUCGCUCGAGAGGGCGGCGUUGAGAUCUUAGCGGAGCGAUUCCAGCAGUUUAUGAGCGUCCCGGCAGUCGCAGAAAACGCGUGCCGGGCGGUCGCUAACUUGGCCCAGGAUGUUGAUCUGUGCCGUAAGCUCGCUGAGGCUGGUGUGAUCAAGAUGGUUGUGGAGGCUAUGAACAAUCACACAGACUCGGCGCUUCUGCAGGGUGAAGCGGCUCGAGCUUUGAACAACUUGGCACAAGAUGAGACUGCGAAGCGGCGGGUGAAUGAACUGUCAGGCUUCCAAGUCGUGUUGCAGAGCCAAAAGAAGUUCGAAUAUGACCAGGCCUUUUGGGAUGGCAGGUUCGCGAUGAAACGGUUGAAGGCUGAGAAUGCGGUGAUGGUCAACUAUCGUGGCAAGGGGCGCUGGUGCGGCGGUAAGAUCCAGGAUAGUUACUCCAACGGGACAUAUGAUAUCGCGUAUUCGCACGGCGGGAUGGAUAAGAAAGUGCCGGCUCAUUGGGUGCGUCCGAAGGAUGAGAGCGAUGCAGUGAUGGAAUUCUGUGGCGUGUGGGAGUGGAAGCCGACGGGAAAGGUGACUGAGGAUGAGCUGGUUCUCAAAGCUGACGGCAUGUGCUCACUCCGCUCGGGCGCGGUGGGCACAUGGAACGUAGCACAACCGAGAGAGGACCGCACGAGGACGGCGAUCAAAUUGAAUUUGGGCAAGCUCAUGAUAGAAAUGGAGAGAAUAUCUUUGACGACUAUCACUAGUACGGCCACGGGCGAGCGCGCUGUGUUGAAGAAGGAUUUCCCCGAGUGCGUUUUCACUGAGUAUUUCGGCUUUGGUGGUAUAGCCGUCGACGAUCGAGUGCCUAGUUUGAUGGCACUGCGUCCUGACUAUGUGUGCGUUGAGCAGGAAAUCUGCAAGGGUCCGGAUAGCUGGGGGCAUGUCCCCGAGGCGCUCCGGAGAAGCGUGGCGGUCCGAUGGUCGGCGUUCUUGGUGAUUGGGAAGAAGGGCGAAUACACUUUUACUCUCGACAGCAGCGGACCUGCACUAAUGCAUGUGAAUGACAAACUGGUGGUCAAUAACAGGAGUGAAAGUCCUAGCGGAGCGAUGCAGCUUAUGCCAGGAAACCACAGAAUCACCGUUCAGUUCUUUUCAUCAUCCGAGGGUGCGAAAAAUCAUCUCAAUCUCCUCUACUCUGGCCCGGACACGAACGAUGAGCAGAUGAAGGUCCCGGCAGCAGUCCUUCAGCACGCUGUAGAUCAAUCGGAGGUAGUGCGGAAACCAGGAUUCUUGGGAGAAUAUUUCUGUGAACAAUUCCGAGGGAAGAUACCUGAGGACAAGUCGCCCGAUGUUGUCCGUGUUGAGAAGCAGCUGGACUUCGAGCCUACUACAGGGGCUGCUUGGGAGAACCUUCCGGACCGAUUCAGCGAGUCGUUCGCAGCGAAGUUUACCACUUAUCUCAACCUGAAAUGUGGCGGAAAAAAGAAGGCUAAGUACGCCCUACAGGUGGAAUCUAACAAGUGUGCGAAGGUAUACUUGGAUGGUAAGUUAGCCAUAGAAGAAGAUGCACUAUACGAGAAUGAGCUCACGGCCGGCUACCACAAGCUGCAAGUGGAGUAUUUCUGCGACACAACCAGCGCGCCACAUUCCCUCGUAUUGAAUUUUGCUGGGCCGGAGACGGUACCGCCAGGAACGGACGAGGACUCUGAGAUGGCGAAGAACCCUCCUAUGAUUCGACUACCGCCUGAGGUCUGUUCGUACUAUCUGCGGCCAACAGUCGCAUUGCCCCGAGGAGACCCUUUGGGCGGGCAUGAGAAGUCGGUGCCGUUCGUUGGGUGCACAGAUGAGGUUACUAUGGUGUCCGCAGGAGCAGACGGGAGCAUAUGUAUCUGGGAUAUCCCGACGUCUACUCUACGGUCUUCUAUCAGUGCUGGUCAGCCUAUUGGGUGCUCUGCCCUGAGCGCCAGUGGAAAGCUGAUCGCGGUAUCGCUGGAGGACGGCAGUAUUGCGCAAUGGGAUGUCACAUCGGGCGCGCGCUAUGGAGGGCCGAUGUAUGGUCACAGCGGCGAGGUUAACUCUCUCACGUACUGCAGCGGAGAUAAGAAGAUUCUGUCUGUUGGUAUCGACCUCUCAGUGCGAAUUUGGGAUGCGGCGUCGGGGGACGAGAUUGCGACAUUAGCUGCUGACCCAUGCAAUCGCGUUGGCGAUCCGAUAGAGCAAUUUUGGGUAGACUGUUCGGCUGCAUAUGAUGAGAAUAUCGUCGUGAGUGGCGGCAAGGACGGCUUCAUACGCUUUUGGGACAUUGCGAAACUGGACGCUGUAAGGGGGCCUGAAAAGGUGAUGCCUAUACCGGAUGAACCCGAGGAGGGUUGGGGGGAAGGAGGCCCUCCGGAACCUGAGAGAUCUCCUGGCGAUCCCGUGGUUUUCGAAGGUCGAACUCAGCACUGUAUGUUUGAUCAGGUCAUUGUAAUAAGAGAGUCUCGUGCGUUGCCUUGUGCCCUGUGA